AACGAAAACGUGGAGUUGGGAUAAUAUGGUAAAAAGUAAGAAAACUUGUUAUUUUGUUAAUAUCAGUAAGUAAUCUUCUUUUUCUUCGAGGUUUUAAAAACUAUUUAGGUCCAUUGCCAUGGGUAAUAACCAUCAUUUGUCUCCACCGAUCUCUCUCGUUAGCCAGUUCUACUCCGUUCUCAAAUCCAAAUUCUUCUAGGCUACUUUAUCCAUUCAUUUUUGUCUAGAACAUCCUCUUGGAUUUUUUGUGCUUGGUAUCCAUUUUGUAAUAUGACCAAUCAUUCUCUCUGACCUCCACACGUGACCCGACCAGCUCAAUCUACUACUUUUUAAAACUCCAUUGAUCGUCGCUUCUCCGUGCUGGUCUUGGAUCUUCUAGCUCGUCCUUAUCUAAUAUUCUCCUUCGUUGCUGGUUUUGGGUCCAAAGAUUCUUCUUAGUGUCUUUCGUUCAAAAAUAGCUAAUUUGAGUUUGUCUGAUUUUGUUGUGGUCACGCACCACAUGCAUAUAAGGCUACUGGUCUUACUAGAGCUUUAUAAAGAAUUAUUUUCGAUUAAACAAAUAUACCAUUCCAAAAAAAUAUAAGGUAUUAUAAGAAAAAACAAAAUUACCCAUGUUUAAAUUAUAUUAAUCACCUAUAUCAUUAUUCCACUUUGAAAAUGAAUAGAUAAUAUAGGUAAUAAUUUGAUAAAUUAAUGAUACCUUUUUUUCCAUGUUUACAGUUUACGCCAAGAGCAGUGGAAGAUCUGUUUCCACAAUAUUAAGCUAAAAUCCUGUUUCCAAAAUUAAUAAACAUGUUUCUGUAGUUAUUGGUAAUAGUAUAAAACUGAACAUUGUUGAUUUGAAUACAUCGCUUACCUAUAACUUCAUUACGUGGUUUCCAUGACAUCUUAAAUUUUGAUACUCUUAAAUUUGUUAAUAAAUAAUUAAUAUUUUAUUAAUCUCUUAAUUUAAUUGUCUUUUUUCUUUAUGGUUUUGAAGUAUAAUUUUACAAAAAUCCUUUCAAAAUUUAAGUCGAUAGGAAAAGAUGUUUAAUUCAACGGGAUUUUUUUUCUGUAAGCACAACUUUUCUACCAAAAAGGUAGAAAGGUCAUUUUUUGAUUUUCUCUUGGUGGAAAAACCAACAAGAAAAUUAUAGCUAAAACGGCAAAUAUUUACGACGCGUUGCGGAGUUACCGUUUUCAUUGUUUUUAAUUUUUGCCAAGUAUGUUUUCUACCAGAAAUAUUACUCCAAUCGAAAAAUUACAAGAUAUUGAUUUUGUUUCUUUUAACAUAUAGCCAUUGAUAUAGAAAGUGGUAUUUUGACAUUUAAAGUAUUUUUUUAAAAUAAUUGGGAAAAAGCUUUCUUCUGAAAUUUGAAUUUCGGAUUCUAGACUAGCUGUACACACGAUAUGAGCUUGUGUACGUAUGUAUAUUAUAUAGAUAACGCUUUUGUAUGUUAAUUUUCUGACCUUUAGACGCGAAAAAUUUAGCUGUGGAUUGCGCACAGACAAACAUACAAACUCAAUAAACACAUUUAUUUUAUUAAUAUAUGUAUAGAUUAUAAUUUAUUGAUUUAUAUAAUUAAGACGAUUUAAAUCAUUAAAUAAAUCAAUAAUAUGAUCAUUAUUAAUAGAGAUAAUUAUUACCGAUAUAAAUCAUUUUAAUUAAAAUAAAUUAAAUUUUUGAAUUAUUGCAAUUUUAUUUUAUUUUAUUUCAUAAUUAAAUACCUAUUAUUUUAUUCUGUUCAAUAUUUUUAAUAUAUAUAUAUAUAUAUUUUAAAUAAUUACUAUAUCAACGCGCUGCAGUUAAUUUAUUUAAAAAAAAAAUUCCCUGUGAGGGAACUUAACCCUAUAAUAUUUUUAUUUGCAAAAACUUGUAAGAAAUGUAAGAAAUAAAAGACCAUACCUAAACAAAAAUUUCAAUAAACAAAUAAUUUUUUAAAAAUCUACUUUACAAAAUGCCACCUUUGAAUUUUUUUUUAAGUUCUUCCUCCCCACAUAAUAUUUUGUAUUGUAUACUGUAGUGUAGAGACACAGUAAUUAUUUAAAAAAAAUAUACAUUAAAAAUAUUGAAAAGAUCAAAAGUUAUUUCAAGUGGCAGAUUAUCGUGGGACACUAGCCACUAGGUAUAACUCACCUACCUUUUUUCAAAUUAAAAUUUCGACAAAAAUCGUAAAAAUUACGACAUUUCAAUUCAUGUGCAACCGAACUUCGCAUAGAAUAUAUUUCGUUAACGCCGUUUUAUCGUUGCGCCCAGAUAUAAAUUAUAUAACUUUAUGGAGGUAACCUACCUUCUCAAAUUUUAUUUUAUUUUUUUUUUUUGAAAUACGGUGAAAAAUAAUAGUAGGAAAUUAAAAUGUUCGUAGAAUACUUGAAUAAUCAUUUUUUUUUUCAAAUCUGUCUUCAAAUUAUAAGAUUAUUUGGGUUUAAAAUUACGAUGGAUACCUAUAUGUAGGUAGUAUAGACUUUACACUAAUCUGCAAACGAAUAAGAUUUGAUUAAGUACUUGUUUAUAAAUAGUAGAUACUUACUUACCUACUUAUUGACAUUUAAAAAAUAAUGCAAUUAUUCAUUAUUGUGCAAUAGAACUAUUACUAGGAAUUGACGCUAUUUUUGAUGACGUUAUUAGGACUUAGAUUUGUUAAGCUCUAUACUUUAAAAAUAAUCAAUUCAUUUUAUUGUAUAACUACAGUAUCUAUUAUAGAUAGUCAAAUAAAUAAAUAUGUUUGAUCUAUUAUAAUGUAAAUGUAGUUUAUUCAAUAAAGUAGGUACAUACUAAAGACCUGCAAGGGCCGGGCCGACCCGGUCCGAUCCUCUAAAAGCCCGUCGCGUAAUAAAUUGUACCGGGCCAGGGACUUAGAAACAUAAAACCUGGACUUUUUUUUGUUCAGUUUUUUGGAUCGAAUCGGACUGGACUUAAAAAAAAAAUGACCUCGGGGUGUACCGAGCUUAUUAAAGUCAUGGAAUUUUAUUAAGGGACGGGCAUGGGCUUUUUUAACAUAAAACUUUUUGGACUGGAUCAGACCGGGCUUAAAAAAAAUGUCACCGGACCGGGGUUUAGUCAUAGAAUUUUACGAAGAGCCAGUAAAAGCCAGUGAAAAUACAUUCACUUGUAGGUACUAAUUAAUAUUAGUACAUUACAUAAUAAAUGGAACAGAAUAAUUUUUAAAACAUAUCAUUACAGCACUUACUCAAUUUGGACCGAAAAAUAAACUGAACAAAAGUUACAUUAAAACCUAAAGCUAGCUGUAGUCCAUAAUUUAUUAAUUUCUAUAUGUAGGUAGGUAGGUAAAAACAAUAUCAAAUUUAACUUGAUAAUUUAUUAUUUUUGUUAUUAUCUUAAUAAUUAGUAUUCAUCUUCGAAAAUAAUAAAUAAUUGGUAAUUACUAAUUUUGAAAAAAAAUUUAGGGAUUCGGGGAGGUUAAACCCGAAACCUCCUCCCCCCCCCCUAUAGUUAUGGUCUCGACAAAUGUGGAGAUCUUCAUUUAUCUGUGAUUGUCAAACAAUAAUCUCUCCUAUGCAAAUAUUAAUAAUAACAGUUAAUAUUUCGUUAUUAUUGAUUUCUGAUGUGGGCCACAAGAAUCGGCGGCCAACCGACAAACACCGACAGUGCGUCCAGUAUCACGUUCGCCUUAUCCAUCCGACUCGAAACACGUAGUAUAAAUGUAACGUUUCGAGGUUGGGUUCAUAUCACCGACGGUUGCAGUUUUUCCGCCGUUUUAUCAAUUUUCGUUUGGAUUGUUAUCACGAAUAAUUCAUAAAUCAUAAUAUUAUGAUUAUAUUUUUUGACCUAACGUCCUAAAAAAUGUGCGCUUCCUGAACAUAAUUCUACAUAAAACUAAACGAGUCAACUAUCGCUGUUUAAACGUAAUUUUUCUCGCAAACUUAACAUGUUUUGCCUCACCUGAGGAUUCAUAUAAAUAUUGGUUUCAUUAGUAUUGUUCCUCUGUAUACUAUCUGGUGUCUCGUAGUAAAUCCAUUCUGCUGUAGCGGUUGACUGUAUUUAAAUGUUUUAAUAUUUCACGCACAGUACUUUUGUUUUUUAAAUAAACACCGGCAAAAAAAAAAAAAAAAAACAAAUUGCUCAAAAGUCGACUGUGGCAUUGUGUCCAUUCCUGUUAAACGCGUUUUUUGUUUGAUGGUUUAGAUGUUCUGUGUUUCAUACAUCCGGACAUGUCUUGGAUACGCGACAACUCGAUGACAUGGUCGCAACGUUUUUGCGCCCACGUACUAACGUACGGGGAGGUACCGAAACACGUAGCGUUUAUUAUGGACGGUAACAGACGUUUUGCCAAGAAAAAUAACGUUGAAAAGCAAACAGGCCACCUACGAGGGUAAGUUAAAAUUAUUGUUUGUCCAUUAGUCUGUAUUCCAUUUCGUUAUUAAUCUUUAUUCCUAAAAAAAGAAGUAGGAUUGGGUUUUAAGAUAAAAUAGCUAUCUCUUACUGCGGUUUAGAUUGAUUCUUGAUUCCCAAGGUUAUAAUAAUAAUAAUUGACGAAUGAUCGCAUCCAUUUGAUCUACUGUCUUAAUUCAUUUUUUUUUUUAUCUUCUCUGCCCAAUGAGAUUGUGAAAUCACGUUUGACUUAACACAUUUAGAAAUCAAUGUUUUUAAAAUUAAUGAUACGAAUUACAAAUAUUUUAAGUAUACAAAUUUUCCUAAAAUUUUAGUCAAUUCUUUUCUUAUAACCAACAGUGUUUUCUUCUUAAUAAAAUUUACUUAAAAUACUAUAAUACUGUUUAAACUACUUUAAAGUAAAUAACUUGAAAGUUAUACUUUAUGAGUAUUAACAGUUAUGUAUCUAUUCAUUCUGUUACUUUCUAAUAACAUUAGGUAGGUAUAAAAUAUGUUAAGAUACCUAAGUGUAAGAAAUAAAAACUAAAUUACUGAACUAAAAUAAAUUGCUCAAUAGUGUGUUUAUUUUAAAACAACCUUUAUGUAUAAGUUUAUAUUUGUUGUAUUUAUUAAAAUUGGCAAAACUCAUAUGCAGUUUAUUCUAUUUUUAUUAGUUUCCCUAUUGUUUGAUCACCCAAUUGUUUGAUAUCAAACAAUAACUCAAAUUUGUAGUAGGUAAAAUUAUUUAGUUAUCCAUUUUUUUUUUUUUUUAUUUAAUUAACACUUUUUUUGCAUUUUUUUUUUUUUAGGUUUGACAAAUUAGCCGAAACGUUACAAUGGUGUUUAAAUGUAGGAAUUACAGAAGUUACUGUAUAUGCAUUUAGUCUGGAUAAUUUUAAGAGAACACAAGAAGAAGUGGAUGCAUUGUUCGAUCUCGCUCGAGAAAAAUUUAAAAGGCUAUUGGAAGAAAUGUAAUAUAAUAUUUUUUCAAUAAUCAUUGUAAAGUUUAUUAGAUAUUGUAGUUUUAUUAACAACUUAUUCAAAUAAUAUUGUUUUAGUGAUAAAUUGAAUGAGCAUGGUGUUCGUGUUAAGGUUAUCGGAAACUUACAAAAACUCCCCGAGGAUUUAGCUAAGUUAAUAGCCGAAUCAAUGCUAUUUACAAAGAAUAAUAAUAAAGCAUUUUUGAAUGUUGCAUUUUGUUAUACAGGUAAUAGUAGUGCCAUGGGAAGAAAAAUAAAAUGUUAAGGUUUGUUCAAAAACCUAAACAUUUUCAUCUUCUUUUAAAAAACUUUUACAUAAUCAUAUAUUUAGAGAAUACAAUUUUUUUUUUUAUAAAUCAGCCAUUUCAUUUUCUCAGCAGUUUUUAGAAUUUAUAAUAUUUUUUAAAAAUCAAUUUCAUAAUAUUGAAUUAUAACACUAUAUUUAUCUAAGACUUUGUAUUCUUUUUAUUUUCGUUAUACCUAUUUUUAAUUAUUUUUGUUUUUUUAUGGCAACUUAUAGUUAUAUUUUAAUCAUCAGACAUAAUAGUUAUCUGAAAAUAUUGAUGUAUAAAUAUUGAAUAUUUAACCAGAAAUUUAUUAUUGAUUAGCAUUUUAUUAAGUUUAGGCAUCAAUUAAAAUUCAUCAUUUUAAAGUGAUCAAGUCAUCAUUUUUUAUUACUUUUUCACAGUUUUCAAUCAUUAAAGGUUACCACUGUUUACAAUAUUAAACAUUUAAUUUUCUUUUAAAAUGUAUUAUAAUUAUUUCAAUAAUUUGGAUUUUUUUAAGUUAGGUACUUAAACAAUUCAAAUUAAAUGAUAAAAUGGCUGGUACAUGAUGAAAAAAAUUACUCUAAUAAAGAUAAAGAAUAUAGAUAAAUAAAGGUACUAGGUUUAUGACUACAAUAGUUUUUUUUUUUAGUUUUAGUUUUUUACUACUUAAAGUUGAAAAAAAUGACAUAUAAAAAUACAUAUUUAAAGAAUUAAUUCACUAUUAAUAUUACUCCUAAUCCAUCACUGAUAAAAUAAUAUUACAUUUUUUAGGAAUAUGUAGGAUGAUAUAAUACUGUUUUUAAAUUAAUACACUGUUAUUUGAUUUACUUAAAUAAUGCUUUGUUAUUGUUAGAAGAACAAUAAUUUGUUUACUACUUAAAAAUUGUUGAUAUCAGUGAUUUUACCUUUUUUGACAUCAAAAUUAAUUUUAAUGCAUGUGAGAUUGAUUAUACAAUACUAAUAUGAUUAUAAAAAUACUUAAUUCAUUAAUUAUAAGGAUAAUCUAGCUAUCUUUAAUUAUAAUAUAUAGAUAUUUGAUUUAUUUUAAUUAUAGUUUGAAUUUGAACAUUUAUUUUUGAUAUUUAACAUGCAUCGUUUUAAUAUUUCACUGUAUCCUUAAUUUUUUGGUAUUCUAGUGUAAAGAUUCUUUUAGUAUAAUGUAUUAAUACACAUAGACAAUUGUAUUAAUUUUACGAGUUCUAAUAUUGUUAUUGUAUAAAUUCAAAACAAAUUCUAUUUUUGUGCUUUUUUUCUAAAUUAAAAGUAACUUGCAAUUCAACAUAAUUAUAUUAUUUUUAAAAUUAAAUAAUUACAAUUAUUUUGUUUUAGGACAUGAUGAAUUAACUAAUGCAUUUAAUUACAUAUGUAACGGUAUAAAAAAUAAAGACUUGGAAGAAUCAGAUUUAUCGGUUGAAAUUAUCGACAAUUGUCUAUAUACAUAUCCGUCCUCACCGCCUGAUUUAUUAAUACGCACAUCUGGUGAAACAAGAUUAAGCGAUUUCAUGAUAUGGCAGGUAAAUAUUGUUCUCAUUUUUCUUGAACAAAUAACAAAACAUAAACUUUGUAUACGCGUGUCGUUGUUUAACAUAUUUUGUCUUUUUGUGCUAUAGUGUUCUUAUAGUUACAUUUAUUUUACGCCUGUGUUAUGGCCAGAAUUCACUGCGUGGGAUUUUAUGGCAGCGGUUUUCAUGUACCAGAGGAAUGUUAGAUCAUUUAUACGUUAUAAAUCACCAACUAAACAAUUGAGUUUAAGGGCAAAACAAUUUGUUGAAAGCGUACAACAACAACGGUUAAAUAGUCUUAAUGCAAUUGCGUGA